AUGGUGGACAUGGAUAGGAACGACCCGGAGCUCCGGUACCUGUCGGUGGACCGGAACAGCUUCAAUGAUCCGGCCACGCAAGCGGAAUGGACCCAAAAACGUUUAGUGUGGGUGCCCCAUGAGACACAGGGUUUCGUUGCGGCAGGGAUAAAGGGAGACCGCGGAGAUGAAGUCGAGGUGGAAAUUGCAGAGUCCGGCAAGCGGAUGCUGGUGCCGAUAGAUGAUAUCCAAAAGAUGAACCCGCCUAAAUUUGACAAGGUAGAGGAUAUGGCAGAGUUGACCUGCCUCAACGAGGCUUCUGUGCUACACAACAUCAAGGACAGAUACUAUUCCGGCCUCAUCUAUGGGUCAGAGUGUGUUAAUGCCCCCGUCACCUUCUGCCGCCCUAGUAGACUGCGCCGAGCAAGGUUUAAUCCUCGAAAGUCUAUUAGAUUCGUAUGGGUUAAGUCGGAACGCCUGGUCAAAGCGUGCCCGAGA